GUGGCCGAAGACCUUCGCGGGGCGCACAGAGCCUGCCUGUCCCGGGGAGAAGAGCAAUGCUCUGGAUUCGCGGCCGAACAUCCCGAGCCUUCGAGCGGAAGCGGGAGUUGCGGGCGGCCGCGGGAUCCUAGAGUGGGCAUCGCGGAGACGUACCCUGCGGGAUCAGCUGUCGGCGCAGCUGACUGCGCACCCCACCUGCUCUUCACCCUCCUCCGGGCCGCCAUGAAAGACUCGCUGGUGCUGCUGGGCCGGGUCCCGGCGCACCCGGACUCCCGAUGCUGGUUCCUGGCCUGGAACCCCGCGGGGACCCUGCUGGCCUCGUGCGGCGGCGACCGUAGAGUCCGCAUCUGGGGCACCGAGGGUGACAGCUGGAUCUGCAAGUCUGUCCUUUCUGAAGGCCACCAGCGCACUGUGCGGAAGGUGGCCUGGUCUCCCUGUGGGAAUUACCUAGCCUCUGCCAGCUUUGAUGCUACCACUUGCAUUUGGAAGAAGAACCAGGAUGACUUUGAGUGUGUAACCACUCUUGAGGGCCAUGAAAAUGAGGUCAAGUCAGUGGCUUGGGCCCCAUCUGGCAAUCUCCUGGCCACCUGCAGCCGAGAUAAGAGUGUGUGGGUCUGGGAAGUUGAUGAAGAGGAUGAGUAUGAAUGCGUUAGUGUCCUCAACUCCCAUACACAGGAUGUCAAGCAUGUGGUUUGGCACCCGAGCCAGGAGUUGUUAGCCUCUGCCAGCUACGAUGACACAGUGAAGCUCUACCGGGAGGAAGAGGAUGACUGGGUAUGCUGUGCCACCCUUGAGGGCCACGAAUCCACUGUGUGGAGCUUGGCUUUUGACCCCAGUGGCCAGCGCCUGGCGUCUUGCAGUGAUGAUCGUACCGUGCGCAUCUGGCGCCAGUAUCUACCAGGCAACGAACAAGGGGUGGCGUGCAGCGGCUCUGACCCCAGCUGGAAAUGUAUCUGCACUUUGUCUGGCUUCCACUCCAGGACGAUUUAUGAUGUCGCAUGGUGUCAGCUGACAGGGGCCCUGGCUACAGCUUGUGGGGAUGAUGCGAUCCGAGUGUUUGAGGAGGAUCCUGGCUCAGAUCCACAGCAACCCACCUUCUCCCUGACAGCCCACCUGCGUCAGGCCCAUUCCCAGGAUGUCAACUGUGUAGCAUGGAAUCCCAAGGAGCCAGGGCUGCUGGCCUCCUGCAGUGAUGAUGGGGAGGUGGCCUUCUGGAAGUAUAAGCGGCCUGAAAGCCUCUGAGCUACCUCAGCUUUGGACAGAGUCAUGGUCACCCAGAAAAUGUCAUGUGACUUUCCCAGCCCCUGAGAGGACGUGGAGGAGCAUUCUUGACCUUCAUCUAACUUGGCUCGCUUCUAUUCAGACUUGGGUAGAAGUGUGGAGCCACAGAACUGCUCACCUCUUCCCCUCCUGUGACAUGAGGCCCUCAGUAGAGCUACAGAACAUGAGUACAUUGUUGUUAUGUCAUAGAUUGCUUGUUUUAGGGUACAGUGUUUAAUUUUGGGGGCUAAGUAUACCAUAUAUAAUCACCAUAUGUAGUAAGGGGGUGGGCCUCAGACCUUUCUGAAAUUAUAACCUUUAUAGAAGUAAUCCAUCUGAGUCCCAAGUCCUAUUUUAUAAGGACAUUCACAAUUUAAAAGAAUUCCAUGGUGAAUCCUUAUCUGAAGUAGGUCCUGCUUUCCCAAUUUCUGGGUAAAUACUUGCAUUUAAGACAUUCAAUUAAUAUUGAAGGAAAUUUUUUUUCUUAAUGUAUAUUUGUUUAGAGUAAGGGACACCUGCUUUCCCUUAGAAACCCUCAUAUACCUCCUGCACCAUUACACUGUGAUGGCAACUGGGGAUACAAAAAAAUGGGGAGGCUAGCUGGUUAGCUCGGUUGGUUAGUAUGGUGCUGAUAAGACCAAGGUCAAGGGUUCAGAUCCCUGUGCCAGCCAACUAACAAAAAAAAAAAAAAAAAAGGGGGAAGACAUGAACCCUAAAGGGAGGGUAAUUACUGGCCACAGGUCAUAACAUUCUCAACAGGGAUGCAAACUGGUUCUUCAGUGGGUGGCAAAAAAGUCUUUGAGACAAUAGUUUGAGUCCCUCAAAGGACCACAGCACAUAAAUAUACCAUAUGUCUGUGGUAUUACAUUUUCAUGGAGGGGAAUGAUUAGGAAAACGAUGUAUGGCUCCUUAGGGGAGUGGUAAUGAAAAGUUGAGAAGUGCUGCCAAAUGCAAUCAGUUCUUCAGUCCCAGUCAAGUUGUUUCUGACAAUCUCUUCCAAAUACGUUUUAAUUGAGAACUGUCCCCAAAGCUACAGCCUUCACUUAACUUCUUACAUUAUAGAAAUCGUGACCAUAGAUUUUUGGAAAGACAGCAGGGGCAGUACCUAAAGUAGUGGUUAAGAUGUAAUCUGCAGAUCCCUGGGAGUCCUAAGACCCUUUCAGGGGGAUGCGUGAGGUCAACUGUUGGCACCAUGGCGUGAAUCAAGGUGGUGGCACCAAACCAUAGUCAUCGUAAUCUUCACUUUUACACUCACAGUAAAAGUAUUGCCAGCUUCACACUUUACAGAACCAAUAAAAAUGAUUAAUUGUAUUACACAUUGACCCAUGAAAACACUUCCAGUAUUCCGUGAGGAAAUGGGAAACACGCAUGAAGCAUCGCUGCUGCACUCUGCAGUUAAGGCUCUUAUGGAAAAGCAGACAUGCAGUUAAGUUGCAAGCUGAAUUAGCCAUGUUCUUCAAGGCAUACCAUUUCCACUUGAAAGAACCAGCAAAUUAUGGGAUUUAGACUUAGCUAUUUGGCUCACAUUUUCUGGAAUUAACAGCUUUUCACUUAACAGAAACAACUGAGUGGUGCCAAUAUAAAAUGAAAGCUUUCAAGCAAAAAUUAGAAUUUUUGAACUUAUAUUGCCACCAUGUGCUUUAUUGGUGAUAUUAUAACAAAUGUGAUUUCUAUAAUGAAAUGCAUCCACAUUUUGAAGAUCUGCAUAAUUUGAUGAACCAAUUUUCCCAUGCAUGAUGCUACAAAAUUAUUCAUGGGUAAGAGAUUCAUUCAAAGUGAGGCCAGUGGGUUGUAAUGUGACAAAAGACAAGAAUGCAUUGAUAAAGGUUCAGAUUCCACAGUCUUUAAGAAACUACUCUGUAGUAUCUUGGUGUAGUAUCAAAUAGCCACAAUUACCUAAAAAGUCUAUUUAAACACUCAUCCCUUUUCUACCUAUAUAUCUCUGUGAAGUCAGCUUACUUCAACUCAAACAUAACAGAUUGAAUAUAGAAGCAGCCAUGAGAAUCCAACUGUCUUCUAUUAAACCAGACAUUAAAGAAUUAAACAGAUUUGCAAAAUUGUAAAUUCUCUUCUCCCUGGAUUUGUCUUGGAAGUUAUUUUCCUAAAAAAAUGUUGACAUAAUGAAGUUAUUAUUU